GACCCAAGGAUCCAGGCAGGAGACAUGUUGGUGGAAAUCAACUCUGUGUCAAUGGUGGGAGCUACUGUUGAAACAGCCUCCAAGAAACUCAGAGAAUCCAGAGAGAGCGUCAAACUCAAGGUUGGCAGACCUGACAGAGGAGCCUUCCAGGUCCCUGGAGAAGACUCUGCUGAGCCAAUCUAUGUGAACAGUGACGAUAUUGAUGACAUGGAGGACUCUGAGCUACAGACGAGAUUGGAGAAGACAGAGGCCAGAGCCAAGAAGAUGGAGGAACUGCAGGAGAAGGCAGAGAACGACUUGAAACAGAUCAGAGAGAUGGCGGACAAGGAGCAGAAAUCCUUCCACAGAAAAUUUGAGGAGGCAGAAGCUGAGAAAGCAGCAUACCAAAAGGACACACAGGGCAAGAUAACAGAUCUCACCGUUGCCCUGGCCAACAUCACUGUGGACAAGACUAAACUGGAGAAAGAAUUGGAGACUCUCAGGUUGUCUCAGACUCGGUCGUCGGGAGAUCAACACGGGGAGGAACUCAGUAGACUCAAGAGAGAACUGAAAGAGGCGGAGUCUGAAAGAGACAUGGCCGAGAGACAUCACAAGGAACUGAGACAAGAGGUGGAAGGAGGUGGUGGUCUCCAGUCCAGACUGGCGGAACUGGAAUCCGACCUGGCCCAGGUCCGGGAGGAGAGAGAGACGGCCCAGAGACAGCUGGAGUCAACCUGUCACGAGCUCACUGUCGCUCAUGCCACCCUGGAACAGAUGCAGAUAGAGAAGAGGGGGGUGAAGGAGGAGAACGAGAGGUUGUCAGAGGAGAUAGAGAGAUCGAGACGACCGUCGGCCGGUCGAGCUGGGACGGAGGCUGAGCUGGCCCUCAAGAGAAAAGAGGUGUCCUCGCUGCAGAGGGAGCUCAAGAGUGCCAGGGAGGAGAGGGGGAGGGUGGAGAGAGAGGCUGGGGAGGCCAGGAGGGAGCUGGAAAAGGAGAGGGGGAAGAUUGCCGAGCUAGAGAACAAGAUGGAAUCCCAGCAGAGAGAAGAGAAGACAGCGACAUCAGAGCUGCUGAGUCGUAUUGAGACUCAGGAACAGCAGAUUUGUGAUCUGAAGAAGGAGCUAGCUGAAGCCAGAGUCCAGGGGCCGGCAGUAGCCACUGUGGCAGGAGCAGUGAAGACAGCUCCCGUGUCUGUGGGGGAGAAGGAGAGGGAGAGGGAGGGGGAGGGUUGGGACAGUGAGAAAAACAAGAAAUUGUACGGUCUGUCGGCCGGCGUCAAGCAGAGGUCACUGGAUAUCGAACCCAGCAUACCAGAGAAGAGAGCUCAGAGUCCUGAGACUAGCCCAAGAUCGAGAGCCUCAUCCUCAGCCAAUAAGGACAGUCCAGUUAAGAGUGGCUCUCCCCCAAAGUCCCCAAAACCACUCAGAGACAAGCCACAUGAUGACUCCUUUUCAAUCGAGGCAUUUGACACCAUAAAGCCACUGGAGAUGCUGGACAACACGCUGGCCAAAGACAAGACCCAGGUGGCCCUGCGCAACGCCAAACGAGUCAGAAACAAGCCCUCCCGAGAACACAUCCGCAGCAUGAGUGCCGAGAACCUCCUCGGUGGCGUUGAAUUCCCUCUGCCUUCAUCGUCCUCACCUACAGAGAAACUCCCUGUACCUCGACCGAGGAAGGCAACUCUGGAGAAAGACAGCCCGGUACACAAACCCCUCCCCAUCCCUCGCCACCUCCGCAGCCCCGUACCCCCGCAGAACGAGGCGACCCCUCCCCAACGACCCCCCAAACCAGAUUCCGGUCCGGGGAGCCCCGAUAGGAAGGGGCGUGGUACAGGGCGGGUGUCCCCGCCGCACACACGCGCCCCCAGCCCCAAACCACUCCUCCCUCCCACUUUCUCCAAGAGCAGCGGACUCCCUCCCAAACCGGCUCCGAGACGACCCCACAGGCAAGGGGAGGACCCUGCAAUCGAGGACACCCCAACGAAGGACCCCUCUCAGUUGACCAUUAAAGAGAGGAUGGAACUCGCGCACAAGGCCAUGAAGAAACCGCCGCCUGUGCUUCCAAAGAAACCGGCAUCAAAUCGCCCCGGGGUAAUUGAAGGUGACUCGGGUCCCAAAUCACUCUCCCAGCCAGAUGGAGACGAAGUGAGUGAGAUCCCCGGCACGCGGUACUCUGACACCACCCACAGCCCUCGACCCGUGAGAAGACUACCGCCCGGUGCCGUCGGACUGUUCCCCAUGGCACCGUUUGGAGUGUCGCCACGACAUCGCAGCAACACGGCGGCCGCUGGGUCGAGCAGAGAGCAAAGUCAGGACAGGGAGAUAAGUGACGACAGGAACACAGAGUGCGGCGAGGACGGAACAGACUCUGGUUCGAGGGAGGCACUGGACCUGGACGAUGUGGAGGUGAAGCUCCUACCAAAGAGACCGCCUCUUCCGCUCGCCAGGAGAACAACAUCAAACGAGAAACCGGCCCAACUCUCCAGUAGGAACGAUGACAUCCCGAUAGAGUCGGCCCCGCCUCCUGUGGGCGUGGCAGGCGAUGAAGGGGGAGAGGAGUCGGAGGUCAAAAUGCACGGGGAGUACGGGACUAUUCCCGACCCCACGACCCUGGACCAUUCCCAGGUGUUGACGUGGACUCCGGUCCAGGUGGCAGCCUGGGUGACCAGCAUUGGGGUGGGGCAGCACGCCAAGGGGUUCCUGGACAAGGGAUUGCAGGGAAACAAACUGUUUGACAUUGAUAGCAGCGACCUGAAGAGCGGUGGAUGGACUGAUAUCCACACUGCAGCAAGAACAAACAAUCUAAAGGUGGUGCAAGCUUGCUUCAACAAUGAUCCCGCAAUGCUUGACGCCAAAACCGCCAGCGGGGAAACCCCUCUCAUGAUUGCCGCUCUCAACGGGUAUUUGGAGGUGGUGGAUUGGCUACACAGGAGAGGGGCAAGUCUCAGAGAGGUCCUGACCAAUGGAAACAAUGUGGUCCACUACUCUGCAGCCAGUGGCAGCACACAUACACUCCAGUACAUACUGGACCAGGAAGGAAUGGGACAUUAUGUCAACUCUCGAAACAAGAGUGGAGAAACACCUGCACAUGCGGCUGUGAGGUGUGGAUCUAUCGAGACCCUCCAAGUCCUCUGCAACCAUAGGGCAGACAUGACUGUGAUGAGCCAGGACUCACUGACUGCGUGUGAUCUAGCCAAUGCUCUGGGUCACCCCGAGUGCCUGCAAUUCCUCACACAACAUGAACACCCCCAACCUCACCAACUACCUGCCGCUAUAAUAACUGAGGAAGAAGCGGAUGGGAAUCUGAGAAGGUCUGGGGAGUCAACUUCACCUCCUGUUUCGCUACAGAAUGAUCAGAGACAGGAAUUCCACAAGGAGGAGGAUGUUGAGAGAGACCUGCUGGUACAAGGUAACACCACAUCAAGUCGUGGUGGGGCACAAGGUGGGAACGAUGACACAACUGAAGACCAGAGCCAACCAAACACGCCUGCUGUUUCCACUCGGCCAGCUACGACUGUGACAGAGGCUGACACAACACAGAAAUCUUUUGGAGGAGGUGGAGGUAAUGUACCCCUGGCACCACUUGAACCAAUGAGGCCAAAGAUGACGGGAGAGAGAACUCUGCCAGCUCAGCAGCAUAGAGAAGAGCAAAAGGGAGAGAGAGGAAGCCAGGUUCAUACCUCCCACUCAAAGACCUCACUAGAGAAAGCCAGGAAGAGAGAUGAAAAGACAAGUGUGACUCAAAGUGUGCCUGAUGCAAGCAACGGGAGCUCUUCCAAUGGCAGUUUUCAGACACCGAAAAAUGUGGCAGCUGUAACAGCAAAUGUUUGCCCAAUGUGUGGAAGAGAACAAACAGCUCGAAGAGUCUUCAUCAAUAACCCUAAGCAAAUUGUUGCUGGUGGAACCUGUGUACAAGGGGCUGAUUCAAUGCAUUAUGAUGAGGUGACCUGUCUGUACUGCACUCAAAAAGCUAUGAAGGCUGUACAAGGAUCAAGUACUGGUGUGAGAGUGGAUCAUGAUGAUGAAAGAGUGUCCACUAGUGAGCCUGAUUCUCAGAUGAGGCAAACUGGGAGGAGUGGGAGGGAGGAGAUGGAGGGGAGGGAGGGUACCGCAGCCAGGAGGGAGAGGGGAGGGAGUGUGGGGAGCCAGAGAAGGAGGGGAAGUGAAAUAGAUAGGACUCACUCACUAUCAAUGGACAGCGCAGAUGGACAUGAUGAUACUGAAGAGGAAUCAUCAGAUGACGAUGGAGAUGGUGGCUACAAUCAAAAGCAGGAGAGUGGGUAUUUCACCCUUCCCACUAACUCCAUCCCACCAGGUCCAGAGAGGGCAGAUUCCCCGAGUCUAGUGGAGAUUAGAGAGCACAAAAUACCAGUUCCUGCUAGAAUGGAAGUCAAACAUGGCGAAUUCGUCUCCCUGUAUGCCAAGGCUACUCCAAAGUGCUCCCAGCCACUGAAGUAUGCUUGGUUUUCCAUGAAGGGAGGCAGACCUGAGAGGGUCAUUGGAAGGAGGCCCAGACUAAGAUACAAGGUGACAAGGGAAGAUAAAGUUCUCUGCCGUGUCUCUCUGAAACAUGAUGAGACAGUGUCAGUGGAGUCCAAACUAGUAUCCAUCACUCUAAAGCUGGUCUGGAUCACCAGUCCUCUUACUAUUGAGGGCGAGCAGUACUUUGGAAGGCAAGCUGUCUUGAAAUGCAAGGCAGAGAAACACCCUUCAGUACAUGACAUCAUCAGAUACCAGUGGUUGAGAAAUACUCUCCCCGGCCAAAUCCCUCGGUUUUAUAAAGAAACGGAGAAUCCCAUCCUGACCUUUGACCCACUAUCCCCUGAACACGACGGUCACUACCGGUGUCAAGCAGAGGUCAAAGGUUACUUUGCUGAGACAAGGCCGGUCCAUGUCCAGGGGAGGAUAGAGCCAUUGGUGGAGGUGGUAAGGCAGCCACGGUCCUGGGUGUUGGGAGAAGGUGACGCUCUCCAACUCCACUGCCUGGCAGCCCUCGGAGACGGUAGAGGCAGCAAUUCACUCUCCUACCAGUGGCUACAUGAUGACUCUCCCAUCCGUGGAGCUACCUCUUCCUCAUACAAAAGGGAAAGGCUGACAGUGGAUGACACGGGUCAGUACAGGUGUAGAGUGAGUGACAAAAAGGGCGGGGCAGUCAUCAGUGAGCCAGCCACUGUGGCUCUGGCCCACUCACAGGAGACGGACUCAACUGGACCACGUUCUCCGCAACAGAUACAGCAGCUGAAAGCUCAAACCGUCCAGCAGACUGAAGAUGAAAAACGCUACGCUACUGACAAGGUGGCGUUACUGGUAGGUAAUGAGGACUACAGACAUCAAAGUCAGUUGAGCAGCUCAGUGGCUGAUGUGAGGGCGCUGCAAGAAGCUCUGAAAGAUGCUGGAUUCAAGGUGUUCUCGCUGGUGAAUCUCAGCUGUGAUGAGACUAUGAGAGCUCUUCAUCUCAUCUGUGACCUCCUGGUGGCGGGGGUGUACGUGGUGUUUGCCUACACCGGCCACGGCUGUAACAUCGGCAACGCUGAUUACAUACUCCCAAUUGAUGCCCACCACCCGGUCGACCUUAACCAGUGCAUAGCCAGUGUCACUGUAUGUGAAAGACUCCAGUCCAAACUCUGCAGGGUUUUUAUGAUCAUGAACUGCUGCAGAACCACGCCAGAUUGCUCUCACCCUGUGCCACAACACCAGCGCACCUACCACUAUGCCAACUACGCUAUACUGACAGCAAGCACGGAAGGCCACAAGGCAUAUGAAGAGACUGGAAAAGUUUCAACUUUCACAACUGCUUUUGUAGAUGCUCUCAAAGAAGGCAACUACAAAAUGGUGUUUGACAAAGUUUUGGAAAUAAGAUGGAAGCAGUAGUCCAGGUCAGCCAGUCCACAUACCGAUGCCCAGCCUCCGACAGCCCUCACUACUCAACAAUGGACCCAGGCAUCAGUUUCCACGACGACAUUAUGUUGGAUGACCCAGAGAUUUGAGCAGGAAGCACACUGGAUACUAAUAAUACUGGAGGACGUGCGAGCUAGAUGCCAAACCUCCACCAGGUCCUGUGAGGCUACAGCCAGAGGAGUUGGACCCUGCCCUGGGUCAACUGGUGGAAGAUGUCUCUCUGAGGUUCGAUUGCGACCUCUCUAAUGUCCUGGUUGUCGUCAUUCAUUGGAGAGUGAGGGCCAGUCAAUCGGCAUCUUGCAUCUCCUGUACUGUGGACAUGUCAGACCAGGGGCAAGGAGUUGAUAUCGAGAGGUCCAGUAUGCAGGACUGUGAAGCCCACUUCAGAAUCAGCUCACUUCAAAGACUCUCCGGUAACCUACGGCUCAAGUUUAAGUUUACAGUCUGUUCCAAUAAACACCCGGAGCUUCGUCACUUCUUCAUCUUACAUGACCUCUGUACCCGACCUCUCUUUGCUCGUCUCCUGUGACCUUUGCUCGUGUCACAUGACCUCCAUACCCGACUUCUCUUUGCUCGUCCCAUGUGUCCUCAGUUCCCGACCUCUCUUUGCUAGUCUAAUGUGACCUCCGUACCUGACCUCUCUGUGCUCAUCACAUGUGACCUCCAUACCCGACCUAUCUUUGCUCGUCUCAUGUGACCUCCGUACCCGACCUCUCUUUUCCAGUCUUACGCGACCUGUUUUCACCUCACGUGACCUUCUGAUCCAACUUCGCCUCUGAAACAACAAACUUUCUACAGUUUUCAUUCCAAUGCUCCAACUUCGUUUGUAAAAGUGUACAGUAUUAUUUUUCACCAACAAUUAUAAUGACCUCAGUCAUUUCAUGACAUGGUAAAAAACACAAGCUGAAUUGAGGAGAGAACGUAAUAUAAACUCCUGUUUUGAAACUCUCUGUUAGACUAUGUAUUGGUUUCUGUACAAAAGCCUCUUCCCUGUUAUAGUUCUAUAAUACACUGGAAGAUAUGACUCUCCUCCAUGUGGUUUUUUUUAUUGAUAAGCCUCUUGAAUAGAGAUGUCCUGUCUACGUACAUCAUCUUUCAGCCUCCACAUUGCAUCCUACUAUGAAGCGCUGUGAUCUA